AUGUCUUGGGAUGAUGAAGCUGUCACUGGGUCCAUGGGUAUGGAUGAUGAAGAAGUUCUAUUAGAAUCUUGGGAUGCCGAGGAAGAACCAAUCAUGGAAUCGUGGGAUGCUGAAGUGGUGCCAAAAGAAGAAACAAAACCAAAAUCAAAGGCUUCUACUUCGGGUACAAAGAAUAAGAAUGGUAAAAAGAGUAAGGAAACGACACCCGGUAUAGCUCUUGAUGCACUUGAUCCAAAGAUGCGUAGAGAAUUAUUGAAAAAGGCAGAGUUGGAAUCUGAUUUAAGUAAUGCUGCUGAUUUAUUAGGGUCAUUAGAUUUAGCUGAAGAGCAUCCAAGAGCCCGUCAAUUGAAGGAACAACAAGAGGCUGCAUUAUUAAUGAUGAGUCAACCAGUAUUAACUAAGGAAACUGAGUUUGAUGUUCAUCCAUUAUUCCAAGCUGAAACUAAGAAAGAUUAUCAAGAUUUACGAAAGGCAUUAUCUAAAUCCAUUGUUAAGAUGCAUGAUAAAUCACCGCUAAAUUAUUCUUCAUCAUUAGCCAUUGACUUGAUUAGGGAUGUAGCUAAACCAAUGUCCAUUGAGUCAAUCAGACAAACUGUUGCCACUUUAAAUGUUUUAAUUAAGGAAAAGGAGAAAGAAGAACGACAAGCUCGUCUAGCCCGUGUUAGAGGUGGUACAGCAACAGGUGGUGCUGGUAAGAAGAAGGCUAAGGUGAAGACCAAUCUUGGUGGUGCAUUCAAAAAGGAUCAAGAUUUUGAUCUAGAUGAUAUGAACUACGACAAUUUCGGUGAUGAUGAUUUCAUGUAA